AUGGCGAGCGGCAGGAGGGAUCUCGCCGCGGCGACGAUCACGCUAGCCGUACUGCUCGUGCUCUUCUUGCCUAUCACCGCCGCCGCCGCCGCCGCCGUCCCCAGCAUCGACGCCACGCGGACGCGCCACCUGCCGCUGCGACACGGACUGCUGCGCGGCCCUGAGAGCGUCGCCUUCGACGCCAAAGGCAACGGCCCGUACAGCGGCGUGUCCGACGGCCGCGUGCUGAAGUGGAACGGCGACGCGCUCGGCUGGACGACGUACACCUACGGCCCCGACUACAGCAGCGAGGCGUGCACGGCGUCUCUCCUUCGCCCGGAGACGGCCACCGAGGGCCACUGCGGCCGGCCGCUCGGUCUGCGGUUCCACCUCAAGUCCGGGUACCUCUACGUGGCCGACGCCUACAAGGGGCUCAUGCGGGUCGCGCCGGGCGGCGGGGAGGCGACUGUGCUUGUCACGGAGGUUGAUGGCGUGCCUCUCCGUUUCACCAACGGGGUGGACAUCGACCAGGUCACUGGCGAGGUCUACUUCACGGACAGCUCCAGGAACUACAAUAGGUCUCAGCAUGAGAUGGUCACAAGAACCGGAGACUCGACGGGCCGCCUUGUUAGGUACGACCCGCGGGCAGGAAAGGCCGUCGUGCUCCAGGCCGACAUCACUUACCCCAAUGGUUUUGCCAUCAGCGCUGAUCGAACACAUCUCAUCAUCUCAUCCACCGGGCCAUGUAAGCUAUUAAGGUACUGGAUCAAGGGCUCAAAGGCCGGAACGAUGGAGCUAUUCGCAGACCUUCCGGGCUAUCCCGAUAAUGUGAGGCCCGACAAGAAAGGAGGAUAUUGGGUCGCGCUACACCGUGAGAAGGCUGAGCUUCCCUUUGGCGUCGAUAGCCACUUACUCGCCCUAAGGAUUGAUGCCGAGGGAAAUAUAAUCGAGGAGAUGAGAGGACCCAAGAGCGUGAGGCCGACAGAGGUCGUGGAGAAGAAAGGUGGCAAAUUGUUCAUGGGAUCCGUCGAGCUUACUUACAUGGCAGUCGUCAAACGCAAAUCGAAAUAGAUCAAUUCAAUUAAGGAUGUGUAAAUUAAGGUUUUCAUAGGACUUGCACUCUUUUUUACUUUCAUUAUGUUAUUGUGUUCUCAUUGUAAAGUCUUUUUUUAAGUGGAGGUUUCUAUUGUUGGACACUGAUCAUGUAUUUUUCACUAUAAUGUAUCAAACUAUCUUUUAUUAAGCAUUAUAUGAAAGUACAGUUGUGAGUUGCAAAGAGCCAAAGACACAAAAGGCACUAGCAUUGUUGUGAAAUAAAUUGUUCGCAAACACUAAGACGGUCCAGAGAGGAGUACAAGUAAAUACUCACAAAAACCGAAGCAAUCCAAUCUUACAAAAGGAAUUACAAUCUAUUAAGAGAAAUCAACUGCGGUGAACUGAAAAUCAGA